AUGAAAGACAUAUUGCAAAUUGUUGCACUUCUCUUGGGUUUUUUGGCUUGUGGGGCUGCUGUAUUAUCAUUACAUAAUCACUACUGGAAAGUGUCUACAGACGAUGAUAGUGUCAUCAUCACCUCCGACAUUUUUGAGAACCUCUGGAUGUCCUGUGCGAUCGACUCCACCGGUACUUUCAAUUGUUGGAAUUUUCAGUCCAUGCUCGCUUUACCAGGUUAUAUCCAAGCAUGCCGUGCAUUAAUGAUCACAUCUAUUGUGCUGGGCACAUUCGGAUUGGUGGCAACUCUAGUGGGUAUGCAGUGUUCCAAAAUAGGAGGGGAAAAUUACGUAAUGAAGGGUCGGAUCGCUGGGGCUGGAGGUGUCUUCUUCAUACUUCAAGGUCUGUGCACGAUGAUUGCAGCGUCUUGGUAUGCUUUCAAUAUCACUCAGGAAUUCUUUGACCCACUUUAUCCAGGAAUAAAGUAUGAAAUCGGAGAUGGGCUGUACAUUGGUUGGAGCUCGGCCACAAUGGCUUUAUGUGGUGGCAGCUGCUUGCUGUGUUCCUGUGGAAUUCGCAGCCCAGAGGAAAAAAAAUCACAUCUUCAGAACUUCAGAUCAUACUCCUACCAGCCUCAAUCCAGACAUAUGGUUCAGACUGUCUCUGCAACAUCCAAUGGCCCUUCCAGCCAAUAUGGACUCAAUGUAUAUGUGUAAGAAACUUACUGAAUACCUGGGAUCAACAAAGUUACAGACAUCACAAAACAGAGAACACACCAUGCAAGACCCUUUUUAUGCAUUAUGGUCAGAAUCUGCUAUAAAGCAGAAAUGUCACAUUUCUAAUGUAAAUAUUCUCUGAGGUUUACUGGAGAAUGGAGCCAUGUAAAUAGGUUAUUGUAAUUAUUUCUGAGAUAAAAAAGUAAUCGCAUGCAUUAAAUUGUUGUUGUGUACAAGAAUUUGCAAGAAA